UUAGUUACAUAGUAAAGCUUUUAAGGUUUUACACCACAAUAGAGAGCAUAGAGGAAGUUGCUAAAGAUUCUCUAUCAGAAAUGGAAAAUGAAAAACAGAUUGAACAAAGUCUUGAAGAACAAGAUCAGAUCAGUAAAGAAGAAAACCAUGAUAAUCAAGAUGAAAUCAAGAAAGAAGAGGAUAAAGUUAUUCACAUGAUCGAAGCAAAUCAAUUGCAAGGGGAUGUGAAAGAACAAAGACAAGAAAAUGAAGCUGGAAAAGUUGGAAAGAGCCAAACUGAUUCAAUAAAGAAAUUAAAACAAGGUUCAAAACAAAACAUCAAGGCAAAGGGCACGAUUCCUCAUCCAUUUUGUUUGGCAACUGAGAAAAGAAUGUCCAGAGAAAGGCGAGGUUCGAUGGAUUUUAAGGAGUAUAAGCCAACCCUAUCAAGAUCUGGCAGCUUGAACUACAAGGCUCUGUCUCAAUCCUCCAUUGGUGCUGAAAGAACCUCCAACCAGACACAUGCUAAAUCAAUUAAUACAGCUCCAAGAUCAAGUUUGCCACCAAAAAUUGCAGCUAGUGAGCCUGUUGAUAUAAGGGUAGAGAAUGGUCCCAAAUCUAAGAACAAAACUCAAGGGAAAGAACCUGAAAAGAAGAAGCCACAACUAGAUGCCAAGGAAGGAGGUGAAGUGGAGGGAAAGAAAAUUCAAAAGAGUAGCACUUUCAAAGCACUGCCAUUGCCAAGCUUCUAUCAGCAGCAAAAAGGUCAACCUCCUAGACCAGAAACAAAGAAGAUCACAGCAUCACAUACAAAAUCUCCAUUGCUUGGCCAAGAAAGCAAGUCUGUGAACAAGUCUGGAGACAGCAAGGGUAAAUUGGUUGCCAUUGGGAAGACAAUUAGUAGAAGAGCAAAAGAGACCAUAAGCAAACUCCAUAAAACAACUCCAAAGUCUCUAAGCACCCUCCCAAAUGAAGUGGUGAAAGCUGUUGUCUCAAGUGGUUGAUGAUAAUAUGUAAUUAAACCUUGAUCUGCAUCUCCCUUUAGAGAAUGUUAUUUAUGAUUACAUUUUCUAUUUUACUCACUUUUUUGUUCGAAAUUAUGAAGAAGAAAAAAAUUAAGAAAAAGUUCAUUGUGCUGUAACAAGUAUGGAUAUGAUACGAGCCUUGAGUAGAAUCAUAUUCCUAUUGUCAUGUAUUAUGAUAGGUUUUCCAUCAAGUCCAAACAAGUUCUUUGAGUA